AAUUGGCAACGAGUGUCGAUCGGGAAUGCUGUAUCGCCCUCUGUGAUCAACUGUUGAUCAUCUUCGUUCUGGCACCGCACUCGACCGUGCGAGGGUGCUCGAAGUGCCGGACAUGUUUUCACUGUCUCAGAAGAAUGCGAGAGAGAUUUCCAAGCAUCCAGCAAUAUAUUCGUAACCUAAUUACUUGAUAAACUCACGUAAACAUUUCGGCUCGUUUCCAGACCAAUUACCAUCUUUGCUGCAGAGUCGAAUACUAUCGCCUGUUAGGUAGAAACCGAUUCUGCAUCUUAUGCCACAAGCUGCAUGCACCACGUUAUUGCACGCGCUCGCUUUAACCAGAUAUCCAUUCUCGGGGAUCUUCAAUCUGGGACACGUGAUCACUGCGAAGUACCAUAAAAAGUCUUCACAAAAUUGUGAGAAUUAUAAUCUCGCGAAGUUAUCGCAAUUUCGGUCAAACAGUUUAAAGUCAUCUUGCUGUUACGACUUCAAGUAUUUUUAUCAAACGCGACAAUGGAUCCACGCUCGAAUAAACCGCACGACUUCGUCUCCACUUCAAGGAACUUAACCGAGGCGAUAAUUAAAGAAAGGCUGUUGCAAAUGAAAUGGUUGGAUACGUACGAAUGGUUGUUGGACGAAUAUGGGAAAUUGGAGAAAGAAAUGUCGAAACUGUGCGAAGAGAAGCACGCGAUCAUCGAUACCGAAAAAUUUGUUCGGGAAGAAGGGAAAACGUGCUUGCCGUUUCCGGUGACCACGAGCGCCGAGUACGGUUGGCUCGCAUCGAAAACAAAAUUCCGCCUCGAAAAGUACGGGCCGUACGUGCCGGAAUUUCCUGAUCCCCUUAAAGAUAUAAUACGUUUGCCUGGUGGUAUGCCACGUCUCGCGCCUGGUAAAGGAUUCAUUUGGUAGUUGAAGAAACGCGAAAUAAAUAAAUUACCUUCGCACUUGUUUCCGUCGGUGAUGAAUCCUGACGCACAAACGCAAUCUUCCAACGAAGUUGCUGGUACUUUAACAGUCACGUGGUUCACGUCAGGACAAGGUACGCAGGUGGACGUUGAAUCGCCGGAAAUCUCUUCCAAGGCGUAGGUGCCAUUCGGGCACGCUUGGGAAAGCGAAUGCAACGAGAACUUAGUAUAAUAAACAUUUCAAUUCCGCUGAGAUCGCUGGAUUGGAUGUUUGUUGAACUCA